AUGCCUGGGGACGAUUCGGAGCUUCCUGAGAGCCGGCAUGCAGAGGCAUACACAACACCAUCCACAGGCUCGCCACUAGAUUCCAGAGAGUCCCCUGACCGUCAACAUAGUAUUAAUAAUUAUUUUGCGCAACGGACGAGAUCGGCGUCUUUUUCGAUGCGAGUCAGACAAGCGGGUGGUGUCAACAGCAUUGACAACUUCGCUCGGUCGUGGCAGAGAGCUGCGUGCUUUCCUGAGGUAUUUACUCGACGUUCUUCCUUCGCGAUAGCCGACUCGGAUGAAGAAUGGCGACCGCCAAGCGGCAACUUUAUCAGAUCACUAGGAUCGUCAUUGACACACGCUGAUCUGGACCCUGCUCUUACUCGGCCUCUUCUCAAUGAUGACGGAGUUGGUCAUGACCAAAGAGACGGUAUUCCGAAUGCCAGCCACUUAGAGCCGGCCCUCGGCACCUCAUAUGGCUCGAUAUCCUCGCGCGUUAGCGAGUCAGCCAGAAAGCACGUUAUCGAGUUUCACAGGCAGCAACAAAUACACAGCGAACCUGCUGUUGGACUUGACGGAGAGCCCCUGCUCGUGAAGCAAGUACAACACGAGGACGGUACGCGCGAAAGCAUUGUCGUCGGUCAGUCGACUGUGCCGCAGACGGUGUUCAACUCAGUCAACGUGCUGAUCGGCGUCGGCCUCCUGAGUUUGCCACUGGCAAUGAAACACGCUGGAUGGUUGUUUGGUCUCACCUUUCUUCUUUUCGCAGCGAUCGUCACCUCUUAUACCGCUAAAAUCCUGGCCAAAUGUCUUGACGUUGACCGAAGUUUAGUGACAUAUGCGGACCUUGCGUAUAUAAGCUUUGGGCACCGCGCCCGAAUUGUCAUAAGCUUUCUAUUCUGUCUGGAGCUUCUAGGGGCAUGUGUUGCCCUUGUUGUACUCUUCGCUGACAGUCUACAUGUCCUUUCCCCAGCACUAAGCAUCAUACAAUGGCAGAUUAUAUGUGGGCUAAUGUUGGUGCCACUCAGCUUUGUGCCACUUCGACUUUUGAGUGUGACGAGUAUCCUUGGUAUACUCUCCUGUACCACUAUUGUGGCUUUAACAUGCAUUGAUGGUUUCAUGAAACCCCAUGCACCUGGUUCACUUCGAGAACCAGCGCAGACCUAUUUAUUUCCUAGGAACUGGGGCACACUUCCUCUGAGCUUCGGGCUUAUCAUGUCGCCCUGGGGCGGACAUGGCGUGUUUCCUAAUAUUUACAGAGAUAUGAGGCACCCGCACAAAUACGGACGAAGUCUCUGGGCAACCUAUAUCUUUACGUAUUCCCUGGACUGUACAAUGGCCGUGCUAGGCUGGAUGAUGUUCGGGAACACGAUUCGAGACGAAGUUACAGCAAAUGUACUGACCAUGGACGACUAUCCGCAAUUUUUGUCUGUUUGCAUCAUAAUCUCUAUUGCUAUAAUUCCCAUAACGAAAGUGCCUCUCAACUGCCGGCCACUUGUUGCCACAGUCGAGGUUAUCGAGAGACACUCGCUCGCCAAACAUUGA